GCUAAACAUAGAGUGCCAGUUUAAUUAAUAUAGAAUUUUAUAAAAACUGCGAUUAUGUACGCCUUGGUUACCUUGACAACAGCGCUUAUAGCUGUGGUAUCAUGUGGACGUCUAGAGCCUCAGUACUUACCUCCGAGACCAGGAGGUGGAUCAGGAGGCGGCGGAGCGGGUAGUGGAGCGUACAGCGGAGGCGGUGGCGGUUCUGGAAACGGAUUCGGUGGCGGCUCCGGUGGUGCUGGAGGCGCAAAUAUACCAAUCACUAAGUUCGAGAACGUGAACAACGGUGAUGGCAAUUAUCACUUCAGCUAUGAGACAGGCAAUGGUAUAGAAGCUCACGAAAGCGGCGCCCCCCGUGCACCUGGACCCGAGGGUCCUGCUGUCACAGCUGAAGGUGGAUUCUCUUACCGCGCACCCGAUGGACAACAAAUCUCUCUCACCUACACAGCCGACGAGAAUGGUUUCCAUCCCGUUGGCCCCCAUCUGCCUACUCCUCCCCCCAUUCCUGAGGAGAUCCUUCGAUCCAUUGAGUUCAACAAACGAAACCCAUCGUCGGAGGGAGCCUAUAAUGGCGGCGGUGGCUCUGGAGGCAACGGUUCAGGUGGAUCCGGAGGGGCUGGUGGCUAUCAUUACUAAUCUUAACACUAGCUAUAUUUAGCUAAAAAUCACAAUCAUUGAAUUUAUAUUUUAACAAUUACAAAUUUCGAACUUAUCUAACUAAUCUAACUUAUCUUAAAAUCCACUGAUCUCAGGAGCUUGCUUAACUAUUAAGCUUGGAAUAAUAUUAAAUAGUCUGUAGAGUCAAUUAAAAAGUAAAAUAGUGAUAUUCACAAUUUCA